CCCUCCACCUAAGGCAGCUAGGAGGCACGGGCCCUGCAGCCGUCUAACGUCGAUUCUUCCAAAGUGAACUGGACAAUCGCUCUCAGAUGGACCAGUGUCCCAAGUCCGUCCGAAGGAGGUACGCUUCGAAGUUUAGUAAUGGCCAGCUUCAUACGAUUGUCCAUCGCAUUGGUGGCGUUGUAUCUGGUGUUCUGGGUUGUGCGAGCCGUAUACCGCGUCACGCUGCAUCCUCUGGCAAAGUAUCCUGGGCCGUUCGUAGCCGCAAUCUCGAAACCAUGGUAUCACUGGUACUGGAAUAUCUACCACAGGGGUCUGUUGAUCUUUGAGAUCGAACGAUUGCAUGCACGGUACGGCCCUGUUGUCCGGAUAGCUCCCGAUGAGCUCCACAUCAAUGAUCCAGAGGUCUUCCAGGAGAUGACGCGGGUGGGUUCUCGGUUCACCAAGGAUCCCAGCUUUUACAGUUUCGUUACGUUUCCUGGGACCUCCAUCGGAGAACAUGAUCCAGAUGCUCAUCGUAUUCGACGACAGGUGCUGACGCCUGCGUUUUCGCCAGCACGAGUACAGCAACUCGCCUCAAUGAUCAAGGCCAAGGUGGAUGAGAUCCUAGCCCGAUAUGAGGAAUUCGCGGAGCGUGGACAGCCAGUGAAUAUAUUCACCAGUACAAAAGCCUUCACCAUGGACAUCAUCUCAACGAUUGUUUUUGGAAAGCCGCUUGGUUGCAUCCAGGAUCCACAGUUCCGGAAUCAGUUCAUCGAGUUCCUGCAUACGACAUUCGAAAUGGGCUGGGUAGCUCCAGCUUUUCCCAAUCUGAUCAAACUGAGUUACUCUUUGCCCGAAGCAGUAGCAGAAAAAGUCUUCCCUAUACCACUCUUCGAGUUCAAGAAGGUUCCGGAAUUUGACAGGAGUAUUGUGAUUGACAUGCUUGUCGAUCCAAAUUCGGCGAAAGACCACUCAGUGCUGAAUGAGAGCCAGCUUGCGGAUGAAGUGAUUAUGCUCCUCUCGGCUGGUAAUGACUCCGUCUCCAAUGUCCUGAUAAUUGGACUUUACAAGAUACUGCGGCACCCGGAAGUCUACGCAAGAGUUAGCGAGGAGGUCCUUUCAGCAUUCCCUACUAUCUCCGAAGAGGUAACGUACGACAAGGUCAAGAGAUUGCCCUACCUCACAGCCGUGAUCAAGGAGGUGCUACGUGUAAGCUGCCCCCUACCAGGCUUGACUCCCCGUGUCGUUCCGCCAGAGGGCUUCAAGCUCUACGACAAGCAUGUCCCGGGUGGAACCAUCUUCAACACUUCCGCCUAUCUUCUCAAUCGGCACCCCAGCGUGUUUCCGGAUCCUGAUAGGUUUGACCCGUCUCGCUGGCUAGAUCCAGGUUCGGCCUAUUUGGACAAAUAUAUGACGAGCUUCUAUCGGGGAACCAGGCAGUGUAUUGGGAAGGAUGUGGCCUUCUGCGAACUCUUCCCAGGAAAGAAGUUCCAUGCAAAGUUGAAGAAACGUCAGGUAUGAGGCCAUCCGGAGACAGCUGGAUGCGGACAAUGCCUGCCCCUGGUCCAUGCGGCUAUGGUAGAGUAGCUACCAGGAGCAGGUGAAUGUCUCAUUGAUCCUGCUCCCCUACAUGGGUUGGAUGGCUAUUGCUCCGAGGCAACCUGAAUGCUGAGAGGCGGGCUGUGAAUGUUGGCGCAUACGGCUCAAUUGGAGAUAGACCCAACCAAUAAUGGACGUAGAAGUCUUUGAU